CUCGUGUCUUACCCUCACCGUUCACUCUCUUUUCGUCACUUCCACAAUGCAGCCUCGAGAGAUAGAAUCCUCGCCGAGGGAAGUUGCCGCGGUCGUCACCUUCUACAUAGUCGCCGCCCUUGUCAUGAUCAUCGUGAACAAGGCGGUUCUGAACGAUACGCCUGAACUUCCCUUCACGCUCCUUUUCCUCCAAACCUCUAUCGCCGUUUUCCUUCUGCGGCUGCUCGCAUUCGUCAAUCGAACGGCUCUCGGACAGACCAUCCCUGGCUCUUUCAACUUCGAGCUCCCUAUGUUCAACCGCGGGACCAUCCUCCGGAUCCUGCCGUACCUCUGUGUGGGUCUGAUCGGGCUUGUGUUCAACACACUCUGUCUUGCAAAUGUGGAUGCUGCAUUCUUCCAGAUUGCAAGAGGGCUGCAGUUGCCCUUCACUAUCCUCAUCUCAUCGGCGCAUAUGGGUCAAACGCCUCCGAAGCAGAUCAUCCUGAGCGCUUUCAUCGUCACAUUCGGAUUCCUCGUCGGUAGUAUGCCGACGCUCCUCCCUGUGCUCUCAAUCUCGUCUAUAUCUGAUUCCGCUGGUCACUACCUCUCGCGCCAAACUGCCGUGGCCCUCAUUUACGGCUGCAUAUCCUCAUUCGUGCUCGCCCUGCAUGCUGUACUCAAGAAAUCUGCUCUUGUUCAUGUCGGCCAGUCGGUCAUCGCGCUUUGCUAUUUCGGAAAUCUGUUCAUGGCGGUUGGGAUGAUUCCAUGCAUGGUGGUGAACGCGGAGUUCUCACUGUUGUACCAACGUUUCUUGGAGGGCACUACGGAUUGGACGACGUUCGCCGUGGGCUCUGCUGUGACAGGAGUCUUCGGAUUCUUGCUGGGGAUUUCGAGUGCACUAUCCAUCAAAGUAACGAAUCCCGUCACGCAUAUGUUCUCCUCGGCUGCCAAAGGCGUAUUCCAGACUUUCUUGGGCAUGUGGUUGUUCUCAGACAUCCUUACGCUAUCUCGUGCAUACUCGAUUGCGAUCAUCACUGGGGGCACGGUGUACUUCACGUACCUGCAGACCAGGCCCAAACCGCGCGAGAGGUUGGCUGGGCCUCAGAACGACGUCGAGAAGCAGAUGGACUCUGAGAAACAGAUCUUAUUAGAGAAGAACUCGGACUCACAGGCUUGAUUGCUUAGCUUACUUGGAUCAUUGGGAUGUACUUGUAUCGAAGGGCG